AUGAAAGACGAACAGGUCUCCCGACUGCUCCAACGGAAAUCUGACAUAUCGAGUAUCGAUACUCAUCGAAACACAGCUUUACACAAGGCAACUUUCAAAGGAAAUAGGGAAAUACUUCAUUUACUUCUCGAGAAAGGUGCCAACCCUCAUCUAAGGAGCAAUGAUGGGAGAACACCUUUGCAAAUAGCAGUACAGGACGGAAAUAAGCCGAUGGUUAGUUUGCUUCUCACAGGAGGUGCCAAUACUUCAACAAGAAGCCGAGGUCCUGAUCGAUUGACAGUCCUACACGAAGCUGUGUUGAAUGGAGACGAGGAAAUGGUUGUUUUGCUCCUUGAAGCAGGUGCCGACACUUCAGCACGUUCCAAGUCCGGGUUGACGGUACUACACCUAGCGGUACAAAGAAAGAAUAUAGCAAUAGCCGAUUUACUUCUCAGAGCAGGUGUUGAAGUCUCGGCGCGCUCUAAACUUGGGGCGACGGCACUACACCUCGCGGUUCAGCAUGGGAUUGCGAAGAUAGUCGACCUGCUGCUCAAAGCGGGUGCCGACACUUCCGGGACAUGCUCAAAUAUAUAUACAACGAGAACGAUACUGGAAGAAGCAGUAGCACAUGGGAACGUAGAAACGAUCAGAUUGCUUCUUAAAUCAGGCGUUGUUCCCCCACCACAGGACUUCGCCGGUGGAUGGUUUGGGGUAUUAAUUAACGCAAUAAGAGAUUGUGACUUCGAAGUAGUCGAUUUGCUCCUCAAAGCGGGAGCCAGAACCUGUUUGAAGGUUGCAGACAUAGCUACGAUCUUUCUAAACGUUGCGGUAUCAUUUGGCUCCGAAGAAAAACUUGGGUUGCUUCUCGAAGCCAGUGCUGUUUUCGAAGCAGAACGACCUGGUAAUACGGGAGGGUGGGGGGUACUGAUUUUAUCAAUGCUCUAUGAAAAUGGAAAAAUGGCCACCUCCCUUUUCAAAGCAGGAGCCAAGAUACUAUGGAAGAACCCAAGCAUAACAGAGCUAAUACUAUACGAAGCGCUAGAAAGCAAGUACGUGGAAAGACUUGAAUCGUUUUAUGGGGCAGAUCUCGAUAUUCCAUUACUCCUUGACUCCAUUGGAGGGGGAAGCCAGAUGCUACAUUUUGAAUAUGGAACGCCGUUCGAGGAAGGAGGAGCUACAGCCAUCCAUUUACUUCUCGCGAAAUACACUGGUGUCCCUGCAAGAAGCGGUUGCAAAAGUAGGGCAUUGGAUAUUAUAGUUCAGAAUCUCAAGGAAAACAAACAUACAUUGGCCGAUUCUUCCAUGCGCACAGGAUCCGACUGGGUUGUCGGUAUGCUUAUAGUUAUCGGCCUAAAAUCUAACCCAAUAAAGAAAAUGGAGAAGCUCGAGUGGAUAGAGCUCACUUUCCCCACGGGUAGCUUCUCACGGAAACUGCACACUCCCUUCAUCCAGGAAAAGCAACAAUCCUCGCCAACUACCCGGUGGCAUCUUAAAGAUCCUCAUUCUCUCGGCCUUAGUGUAAUAUGGGAUGAAUUAGAAAUAUUGAGUCUCGGAGGACAUUGA